AUGCUUGCUCUACUGACUUGCUCUUUUCUCACCAUGGGGAUAACGUUUGCUAUGUCUGAAUCCUGUGUAGGAUGUACGCCCCUUCAGGUCACGAUACCCGCGUCCACUCCUGCUGUCGCCGUUCCAGCCGACUUCUUCGGCUUCGGGUUUGAGUCUGGGCUUCUUCCACAUUACGAUAACGAGUUCUCAAACAAUACUGUGAAUUCUAUUCAAUCGCGCAUGCUCAAGCCGAUGGUCAUUCGAGUGGGUGGUACAAGUGGCGAUCAUAUUACUUUCAAGGAAGACCAAAAGGUGGCCUCUGAUUGCCACUCAAAGAAGAUCUGCAACAGCUUGGACACCUACACUGUAGGACCGGACUAUUUCAAUGCUUUGCGAAACUUUCAAGCUUCCCAUUGGUCUAUUCAGGCACCCAUGGGGGAUGAGAUGAACAUCGAGGACACCAUGGAUUUCCUGCAGCAGGCAUGGGGUGCUGCAACAAAUGAAGGAACAGAUAGGGAUCGGGUGGCUGCUAUUGCACUGGGCAAUGAACCAAACUGGUACAAGAAAUAUGGCAUCGAAGGAUAUAUCGAGCGGUCGCAAAUGAUUGAAAAUCGAGUCACCGAGCGCUUUUCCUUGAAAGGCGAGGAAGCUCGAAUUUUCCAGACAGGGGAGAUAGCGGCUGAGGUGGCUAGCAAAAAGGAUUCGCCUAGCAAGUUCACACUUAUGGAUCUUCUCACCACUCUUUUUAAGGGGGAGCACAGUCAAGUCAAGUAUGCCGCUGAGCAUUACUAUCAAGUGAUCGGUCAAAAGGGCGGUCAUAACUAUACCACAUCUGAUCUGCAAGACACUCUUAUGAAUCACUUCGCCAUCCGUGAUAAACUUGCCUCCUACGUUAAUGAUGCCAACCCCCUGAGUAUCAAGGACAAGUCUAUCCCUCUAGUAAUUUCUGAGGCAGGGUCCGCCAUCGGACACACUGCACUUGACUUUGCAGGGGGUUUUGGUGCUGCCAUUUGGGCAGUCGACUUUCAUCUAGCCGCCAUGUCCCAUGGUAUAAAGCGGGUUUGCAAUACGCAUGGACCAGACGCCAUGCAUGCUUGGUGGCUGCCUGACGAUACAAGCAGGUACACGAAUAGCCCAGCAGUUCAAGGGAUUUUCCCAGCGGCUGCCUACAUUGCCGACUUUGUUGGCAAGGAUGGUAAACUCGGAAAGGUCCGAGAGAUCGACCUUAAUAAUGAGUUUUUCAGUGGGUAUGUCAUGUAUGAUCUGGAGUCCAGCAAGCCGAUACGUAUUGCCUUGAUCAACUUGCGCCAAUUUGAGACAGGACCAGCGGUUCGUCCAAGGUUUGUCGCUACGGUCGAUGUUGGCACAGGUGUGAAGUCAGCUGUUGUUCACCGCAUGCAGUCCGAAUAUGGUGCAUCUGCUCGUGGAUUUGACAUUGGUGGACCACAGGAGAAUGUGACUUGGGAUGGUGAACAAUGGAGCUACAAGGUAGAAACCGACAAGGGUAAGGGCCAUAUGCUUCCUGGGUACAAGGAGGAGCGUCUGAGCGUCAACAACAUCGGACAAAUCGAAGUCAAUGUCUGGGACACGGAAGCUGUGAUCGUCUCUUUGCAAUGA